GAGAUGGCCCGUACUAAACAGACUGCCCGCAAGUCCACUGGAGGCAAGGCUCCACGGAAGCAGCUUGCCACCAAGGCAGCUCGCAAGUCCGCCCCAGCCACCGGUGGUGUCAAGAAGCCCCAUCGUUACAGGCCCGGAACCGUCGCCCUUCGUGAGAUCCGUCGUUACCAGAAGAGCACAGAGCUACUCAUCAGGAAGCUGCCCUUCCAGCGCCUGGUGCGUGAGAUCGCCCAGGAUUUCAAGACUGACCUGCGCUUCCAGUCGUCUGCCGUCAUGGCUCUGCAGGAAGCCUCUGAGGCUUACCUGGUGGGUCUUUUCGAGGACACCAACCUGUGUGCCAUUCACGCCAAGCGCGUUACCAUCAUGCCCAAGGACAUCCAGCUGGCCCGGCGCAUCCGCGGAGAGCGUGCUUAA